AUGGCCGAACCCUCAUCUCCCAAUGAGAAGCUACGGCCACGUCAAUACCCUCAAACUAUCUUCGAGGCCGCCAUGAAUAACCAGAUUCAGGCUUCUCAUCUUCCUGCUGAGGCCCUCGUUUACACGGCCGCCAAUGGACAGGCCUACGCGACCCCGCUCGCCGCCCAAAGGAUCGGCCUAGAUGGCCCGCUCCUCCUCCAGGAUUCUCAUCUGAUCGAUAACCAGGCUCAUUUCAACCGCAAAAAUAUCCCCAAUCGCGUCGUCCAUGCUCUUGGUGCCGGCGCUCACGGUAUAUUUACGACGACGACGGACUUUGCCAGUCGAUACACGAUGAUGAGUCUUUUCCAAAGAGUCGGUCAAACUACCCCUCUUACUAUGCGCUUCUCUACCGCGGCGGGCGAAAAAGGUGACUUCGAUACCGUUCGUAACGUUCGCGGAUUCGGCGUCAAGUUCCGGACUCCAAAAGGAAAUUGGGAUUUGACAAUUCGUGAUCCGGCUAAGUUUCCUUUACUUAUUAAAUCCUUAACCACCAAUGCUCAAACCGGUCGACAGGACCCGGAUGCUACGUUUGAUUAUCUUAGCUCUAAUGCUGAGGCUCUGCCUCAAUUCCUCCGUCUUCAAUCCGACGCUGAGGACUCCUCAAGUGGCCACGUCUAUAAAUGGGUGAAACAAGACGGAUCAUGGGUAUACGUCAAAAUAACAUUCAAGACCCGUCAAGGAAACUCCAAUUACACUGCUGCUGAGCAGGCCUCACUUGGAAAUCCAGGACAAGCAUCACAGGAACUUUUCGAGAGUAUCCAGGCUGGCCAGCAACCCGGAUGGACAGUUUACGCUCAAGUCAUGACUCCUCAAGAUGCUGAGAAAUUUCGCUAUAACGUUUUGGACCUUACAAAGGAAUGGAGAGAGGAUCUUGUACCUCUUAAUGAGAUUGGAAAAGUCGAGUUGACCCAGAACCCUACCAACUACUUUGCCGAGGUCGAGCAAGCUGCUUUCACCCCUAGUAACAUUAUUGAUGGAUGGGAGCCCAGCGAUGACCCUGUUUUACAAAUGCGUCUCUUCGCUUACACUGAUGCCCAACGAUACCGACUUGGAGCUAAUUAUCAACAGAUCCCAGUCAACUGUCCUCUCAGCGCCGUUGCCAAUUACCAACGCGAUGGGGCUUCAUCAUACCUGGGUGACCAAGGAAAUCGACCGGCCUUUGAUGCUAGCUACGCUCAUCUAGCAGUAGUCCCACGAGCAUACAACACCGAUAACCACACGAUCUGGAAAAGCGGGGCAAUUCAUUACCUAAGUCAGAUCACUCCAAUUGAUUUUGAACAGCCUAGAUACUUUUACGAAAACCUGUCGCCCGAGCAGCAGAAAAACUUAGUCAGUAAUUUUGCUGGUGGUCUGUCUCAGGUGAAGAACCAAAACGUGGUCCAAAGGGUCCUUCAGGUCGUCCAACAAGCCAGUCCUGAACUUGCUCAAAAGAUCUACUUCGCCAUGUCUGCUACUCGUCAAACUCAAUAA